GUGACGUCACCGGAGAGUGAGGGAGGGGGCUCCACCGUUAGUGAGUGUGUGAAUCAUAUUGUCCAUGUGUGUGUGUGUUUGAGAGAGUACCGUUUUCAGCAGCAGCUCUGCCCCCGUCAGUGUGUGAGGCUUUACGGAUCCGGACUGAGUGCAUUCUCUGGGGACUCUGAGAGGACUGACCGGGUCCAGGAUAACAGAGUCCGGGAUCAGAGUGUGUGCUGCAGCCUGUGGAGCCUCUUCAUCCUCUGCACCACCAGCAGCAGGACCAGCAGCAGCAGUGCGUGGACCUGCGGACCCAGCAGCGUCUGUCUGAGUACAGUGAUGGAGCUCUCUGUUCUCCUCCUCUUCCUCGCUGUGGUGCCUUUCCUCAGCGUGUCAGCGUAUAAUACAUCAGCUGGUUGUGUGAUCAUCCGUCCUCCUAGAGAUGGAGGGAUCAGGUACAGGGGACUGACACAGGAACAGAUCCGCAGUGUUCAGGUGCUCCCUGUGGAUUAUGAGAUCGAGUAUAUCUGUAGAGGACACAGGAUGAUCGUGGGUCCGAAGGUCAGAAAGUGUUUGCCCAACGGCACGUGGACUGACCUGAGCCAGAGGAGCAGAUGCUUGUUGUUGUGUCCUCGUAUGUGGACGUCUUUAGAGAACGGCCGGGUAUCCCCAAGGCCCCCGGGGCCCCCUGUGGAGGGCACGGUGCUGCGCUACAGCUGUCUGCCCGGUUUCAUCCUGAUGGGACGAAACUCCUCUCAGUGCAACAAGAUGGGGAAGUGGGACAGGCCUAAACCUGUGUGUCACUACGAUCGGCUCUACAGAGGAAAGAAGAAGCUCUACAUCGGAGCUCUGUUCCCCAUGAGCGGGGGCUGGCCGGGGGGACAGGCCUGCCUCCCCGCCGCUCAGAUGGCUCUGGACCUGGUCAACAAGAGGAGCGACAUCCUGCCGGACUACGAGCUGGAGCUGAUCCACUAUGACAGCAUGUGUGAUCCUGGCGAGGCCACCAAGCUGCUGUAUGACCUUCUGUACACGGAGCCCAUAAAGAUUGUGUUGAUGCCGGGCUGCAGCUCUGUGUCCACACUGGUCGCUGAAGCUGCUCGCAUGUGGAACCUUAUUGUGUUGUCGUACGGCUCCAGCUCUCCUGCUCUGUCAAACCGUCAGCGGUUUCCCACCUUCUUCAGAACGCACCCGUCGGCCACUCUGCACAACCCGACACGAGUCCAGCUCUUCCAGAAGUGGAAAUGGACCAAGAUCGCUACCAUCCAGCAGACCACUGAGGUCUUUAUAUCUACUCUGGAUGAUCUGGAGGAGAGGGUGAAGGAGGCGGGGAUUGAGAUCAGCGUUCGUCAGAGUUUCCUCACAGACCCUGCUGUAGCUGUCAAAAACCUCAAGCGCCAAGACGCCAGGAUCAUUGUGGGUCUGUUCUACGAGACCGAGGCCCGCAAAGUCUUCUGUGAGGUGUAUAAGGAGAAGCUGUAUGGGAAGAAGUUUGUGUGGUUCCUGAUUGGCUGGUACUCAGAUAACUGGUUUAAGAUCAAAGACCCAUCCAUUAACUGCACGGUGGAGCAGAUGACAGAGGCCGUGGAGGGUCAUGUGACCACUGAGAUCGUCAUGCUCAACCCAGAGACGGUGCGAGGAGCCUCCAACCUGACCGCUCAGGAGUUUCUGGGCCAGCUGAUGUCUAAACUUGGGGGGAAGAAUGCGGAGGAGAGGGGCUUCCAGGAGGCCCCUCUCGCCUAUGACGCUGUGUGGGCUCUGGCUCUGGCCCUCAAUAAGACAGUGGGGCCCCUGAGGGCCAAGGGCCUCCGGCUGGAAGACUUCAACUAUAACAACCGAGGAAUCACAGCAGAGAUCUACAGAGCACUCAACACAAGCUCCUUCGAGGGGGUCUCGGGUCACGUUGUGUUUGACGCUCAGGGGUCAAGGAUGGCUUGGACUCUGAUUGAACAGCUCCAAGGGGGGAGCUAUAAGAAGAUCGGGUACUACGACAGCAGCAAAGGAAACCUGUCCUGGUACGGAAACGACAAGUGGAUUGGCUCCGGCCCCCCUGCAGACCAGACGGUGGUCAUCGAGGAGUUUCGGUAUCUGUCUCAGAAGCUCUUUGUGACGGUGUCAGUGUUUGCUGGGUUUGGGAUCCUACUGGGGAUCAUCUGCCUCACCUUCAACAUCUACAACAGCAACGUCAGGUACAUCCAGAACUCUCAGCCGUACCUGAACAACAUGACAGCAGUGGGCUGUAUGAUGGCUUUAGCUGCUGUCUUUCCUCUGGGCAUCGACGGCCUGCAUGUCCACAAAACGCAGUUCCCUGUCGUCUGCCAGUUUCGUCUGUGGCUGCUUGGGCUGGGCUUCAGUCUGGCGUACGGCAGCAUGUUCACGAAGAUCUGGUGGGUUCACACCGUCUUCACCAAGAAGGAGGAAAAGAAGGACAGGAGGAAGCACCUGGAGCCUUGGAAACUGUACGCCACAGUGGGAGUCCUGCUGGGGAUCGAUGUUGUGUCUCUGAUGAUCUGGCAGAUCGUGGAUCCUCUGCACAUCACCGUGGAGAAGUUCACCAGAGAGGCCCCUAAAGGAGACCUAGACGUCCUGAUUCAGCCUCUGCUCGAACACUGCAGCUCCCAGAAGAUGAACACCUGGCUGGGUGUGGUUUAUGGUUAUAAAGGUUUGCUGCUGCUACUUGGGAUCUUCCUCGCCUACGAGACCAAAUCCAUCUCCACUGAGAAGAUCAACGACCACCGAGCGGUGGGCAUGGCCAUCUACAACGUGGCUGUUCUGUGUAUGAUCACAGCCCCCGUCACCAUGAUCUUAUCCUCGCAGCAGGAUGCCUCUUUCGCCUUCGCCUCCCUCGCUAUCGUCUUUUCCGUCUACAUCACGCUGGUGGUCCUGUUCGUCCCCAAGAUGAGGCGUCUGAUCACGCGGGGCGAGUGGCAGUCUGACGCUCAGGAGACGAUGAAGACCGGCUCGUCCACCAACAACAACGAUGAAGAGAAGUCCAGACAGCUGGAGAGAGAGAACAAGGAGCUGCAGAAGAUCAUACAGGAGAAAGAGGAGCGAGUUUCAGAGCUGAGGAACCAGCUGUCAGAGCGACAGGCCCUCAGGUCCAGGAGACGAGCCUCCACUGUCUCCAACCAGAACCACAGCACGCCCCCCCUAAGUGUUAUCCACAGCGACCCACGCUCACUGGCCCCACCCCCAGGCUACCCCGCCCCUACUCUAGACCCACACCCGGUCUCUGCGUCCUUUGCCAACUCAUCCAGUCUCUACCAGCCCGACAGCAAGAUCAGCAGGAACAACUGCCACACAAGCCGGCUGCAGCUGCUCUACAAGUGAGGAGGAGGAGUAGGAGGAGUAGGAGGUGGAGGAGGAAGAAGAGGAAGAGGGGCAUGGAGGAGGAAAAGAAGGAGAAAUAGGAAGGGGGGGGAGAUGGGAAGGGGGGGAGAAGAAUAAAAAGAAGGGGGAUGGGGGGCACAGACAGGAGGGUGGUCUGCAGGUUGAUGGUGCAGACAAGGGUACAGUGGAGAUAGGAUGAUAGUCUUCAGGUCUUCAGGGUGACGGUCUUCAGGAUGACGGUCCUCUGGAUGAUGGUCCUCAGGAUGAUGGUCCUCAGGAUGACAGUCUUCAGGAGGACAGUGCAGACAGGAGGACAGUCUUCAGGACUACAGUCAGAAGGAAAGAGUGUCUUCUGACUGCAGACCUGUCUCUGUAGCUCAGCAUAGACCAGAAGACAGGAGACCUUGAGUGAGGACUUGACCUGUCCUCCUGUGUGGAUUUUUUCUGAGCUGAUCAGUGUGUGUCCUCAGAGACAGUCAUGAUCACACAUGUUGUUAAUAAGACUUCAUGGGACCCCUCCGAGUGAGCUGCAGUCAUCAGGUGUUGUGUGCCAUGUAGUCUGAGGACAGGUAGCUCCUCUAGCAGGUUGUGUGUGGUUCAUCUCUCUGUAACUCACACCUCCACAUGUGUUAGAUAGAUGUUAGAAUCUGUGCUGUGAAGAAAACAGGAGGACACACCUGGACACACCUGCUCAAAAUCACUACAAAUGAAUAAUAUGCUGAGUCAUGUUAGCUCCUCUAAUGUUUGAUUUUACACCGUCUCUGUUCAAAGAGACUGCUGACUCAUUGUACUAUGUGUGUGUGUGUUUAU